AUCAUUAAGAUGAUUUGAAAUCGGUAUUGCAUACCUAUAUUAAGCAUUUCAUAUUAUUUCUUUCACAGUUAUACUGAUAUUGUAAAUUAAAAUUAAAAUUUUCAUCAUAAAAUGACCACUAACGUGUCACCAAGUAGAUCAAAUAUAAUGUCUUCAUCGCACCCAAGUAAGGGUUCUUUGACAGACCGACCAAGUAGUUGUUCUAAUAAGAGUCUCGUGCACAAUAAAUCAUGUCCUGUACAUUCAAGACAUUUAUCAUACAAAACAAUUGGACAAUGUCAUGAUAAAAUCGAGGAAUUAGAAAAACAAAAUGCCCGCCUUGUCUCAAAGAUUAAAGUAUUAAAAUAUCAACUAAAAACAUCAUCUAAUUUAUACAAUAAUAUUCAUCAAAGGCCAGAGAAACCUUUAUCAAGACAUUCACAAAGGUCGACGCCCAUAAAGUUACAAAAAAUUUCAAGAUUAUCUAGAGUAGGCUUUGAUGAAAAUGAAAAGACUAUUAAACUUCCUGAAAGAAAAUUUGAAAGCACAGAAUCAUUUGAUAGUGAAAGUAGCUUAGUAGAAAAUAAAAGUAWAUUUAAAGGAAAUAUUGAACUAAUACAAUCUCACAGAGUUAUAAAAAGUAUGGAGAUUCAAAUGGAAACUUUACAGGCUCAGUGUAAAGCUUUUGAACAAAAUAUAAUGGAUAUAAAUGAAUUGUUUGAUAAAGAACGCGAGGAACAUGAAAAAUUGAAAGAAAUAUUAAUUAAUGAAAGACAUAUUUUAAGUGAACUAAAACCAAAAUAUAAUGCUUAUAAAGAGACUAAUAAAGUA